AUGAAGUUGGCAGAGGAUCGAAGAAACCAGAAGAAGCAGUCCACAGAGGCGUAUACCCAGUACAGGCAAACCGUAGUAAGCACAGGACAACAUUCCAACGCAGACGUCUUAUUGCGCCUCCCGGUCAGCGAAGUCAGAGAAUUCGACACAUCGGAGGUCCACUGUCUGCCGAUGGACCAGGAGCUGGAGCAGACGUUACAGCAUUUCCCGGUCAACACCAGGCACAUCGCACAAGCCACUGACAGGGACGCGGUGCUUCGCAGGACAAUAGAAUAUGUCAGGAAAGACUGGCCCAUGAGA